UGAACUAAAAGAUUCCAUCGAAGAAAUGAUGCAUUUAAUCAUUAAGUGACCCAAGGGAAAAGAUAACAUUUAUAAUACAGAUUAAAAUUCUAACUUUAUUCGGCACCUUCUUGCAACAUUGCAUUUGUCUAAUCAGAGCAAUCCAGUGACUAUCCAGGCCUAUUCGCUGAACUAAAAAGGGGCGCGGUAGUUAGCCACAAGCACCAGCUAGCUAACUAGUGGCAUGAUAACUAAAAAAUUCGAGAGGGAAUCGCGGCUUGCAGAGUUAAAUCUUUUCUUGUAAGAUCUUGCACAAGUGUAACUCUUGGCAGAGGGCGGGGUCUUCGAAGGUCCCGGUGAGCAUCAUGUCAGGCGGGUUGCUUCCAGAAAUCACAAAGGAAGUUACGGACUCUGUGUAGACACGCAAACUUCUGACACGCCUUAUACUGCGACCUGCAGAGACCCACGUUUCGGUCUGCUUAACACCAAGAGCAUUUCAGUAACGCCGCUGAAAACCCCAAGUGGCUGGAAUGGCGGGGUCCGUCUUAGAGAAGAAUGAUUCAGCAAAUCCACUGGAAAGCAUCAUGUCAGACAAUGACAAAAAAGGAAAAUUCAACAGAAUCCAAGACAUCUUGUUCUACAAGCGACAAAGAGCCAAACCUGCGUCCAAGUUUUGCGCCUUACUGGACACUUUAGUACUGACAGAAAGAGGAGCGAGCUUGGAACUGUGUGAGCCGCACUGCCAGCAGAAAUGUCUGUGCCUCCAAAUACGGGCCAUUCAAAAUGGAAGUCUCAGAGUUACAGUUGAUGAGUUGGAGCCUAUAAAAGCACGAUAUAAGGUUGCACAUGUCUUGACUGGAGAACCAAAAUAUGAGAAGAUGAGGAUUACGCGGAAGAGAGAAGACUGUAUGUCUCUGACGUGGGGUCCAGGACAGUACCAGGUUCAUGUCUCUGCUUCUCCGUUCUGUCUAGAGGUCCUCUGUGAGGAGGUGGUGAUCGUCACACUCAAUCCAAAAGGCAGACUCUGCUUUGAGACAAGGCAUGAUCAAAUCAGGCCAUCCUCAAGUCAACAGCAGGAUGAGGAAGGUCCCUUAGGACCGUGGAUCUUCCAACAGUUUGAAGACAUCAUGGCAAACAGUUCCAGGCCAGUGGGUAUUGACCUUUGUCUCCAUGGCUUCAGCCAUGUUUAUGGUCUUCCGGAGCAUGCUGAUUCGCUCCAGCUAAAGGACACCAGUGCCAGAGAUCCAUAUCGAUUAUACAACCUGGAUGUGUUUGCCUAUGAGAUUAAUAGUAGAUUGGGCCUUUAUGGUUCUGUUCCUCUUCUGGUAGCUCACAAGCCAGACACAACCCUCGGGGUGUUCUGGCUCAAUGCCUCUGAAACUCUGGUAGAUCUCAAGUACGUCUCCAAACAUCAGGAGCAGGGAGAAAGGAGCAGGGUCACACCUCAGACUGAUGUGAGCUGGGUGUCUGAAAGUGGGCGGAUCGAUUGCUUCAUAUUGUUGGGACCUUCACCAGCCCAGGUGUUCUCUCAGUAUGCACAGCUUACAGGCUACCAGGCUCUGCCCCCCAUGUUUUCCUUGGGCUAUCAUCAGUGUCGCUGGAGCUAUGAGGAUGAGGAGGAUGUGAAAUCAGUGGAUGCUGGCUUUGACCUUCAUGCCAUUCCUUACGAUGUGUUCUGGCUGGACAUAGACCACACGGAGGGAAAGCGCUAUUUCACCUGGGACUCCAAGCACUUCCCCAGCCCAGUGGACUUGCAGCGCCACCUGCAGACAAAGAAACGGAAGUUGGUGGUAAUCAGUGAUCCCCAUUUCAAAGCUGACCCUGAAUGGCCUUUGUUCUGUGAGGCCAGAGAUGGUGAUCAUUUUGUAAGGAGCCGAGACUGCCGGGUUUACCAUGGAACGUGCUGGCCAGGUGAUUCCUGCUAUCUAGAUUUCAGUAGCUCAAGAACCAGGUCAUGGUAUUCCAGACAGUUUUUGCUUGCCAACUAUAAAGGGUCCACAGAAUCCCUGUUUGUUUGGAAUGACAUGAAUGAGCCGUCGGUUUUCUCUGAGCCAGAGAAAACGAUGCCCAAAGACGCUAUACAUUGCGGAGGCUGGGAGCACAGGGAACUGCACAACCUGUACGGCUUCUUCCAGCACUUGGCCACCUUUGAGGGCUUACUAACUCGCUCUGGCGGCCUGGAGAGACCGUUUGUCCUAUCGCGAUCCUUCUUUGCUGGGUCUCAGAGACUGGGUGCUAUAUGGACUGGAGACAGUGUUGCUACUUGGGAUUAUCUGAAGAUCUCAAUCCCUAUGUUGUUGUCAUUGAGUGUCACUGGAAUACACUUUUGUGGAGCUGAUGUUGGAGGCUUUUGGCGGGAUCCAGACCCAGAGCUGCUGGUGCGCUGGUACCAGGCAGGGGCCCUACAGCCUUUCUUUCGUGGCCACUCAGACAAAAGGUCUAUGCGGCGUGAACCCUGGCUCUUUGGAGAUGUGGUCACUUCAGCAGUGCGAGCAGCUGUACAGCAGAGAUACUGCCUGCUGCCUUACUGGUACACUGUGUUUCACCAAGCCCAUACCUCAGCCAUGCCCCCUAUCAGACCUCUAUGGGUGGAGUUCCCCAAGGAGACCGAAACAUUUACUGUGGACAACCAGUACAUGAUUGGCAGUGCUCUCCUAGUCUGCCCUGUGACUGACCCAGGAGUCACAGAGGUCAAGGUUUUACUGCCAGGGUCAGAUGAGUUGUGGUAUGAUGUCAGCAGCGGUGAGCCACAUAGUGGAGGUAGGACUCUGGCUCUCCCCGUGACUCUAGAGUCGGUGCCCGUGUUCCAGCGUGGAGGGACGUUGGUACCCCGGAGAGGAGGCUGUAGCUCCUGCACAGCUGAUCUCCAGCUGCUUCCCUUCACGCUCACCGUGGCCCUGGACCGGAAGGGCUUUGCCGACGGCGAGCUGUACCUGGAUGACGGCCACUCUUUCAGCUACAGGGACAAAAAGGAGUUCUGCAUACGGCAUUUCACUAUAAAGGCUGGCAGACUUACUAGCAGGAGUGCGGCUGAAGGUGGCUUAUUCAUCCCAGGUUGCAAACUGCAGAGAGUGAUAUUUCUUGGGCAGAAGAGUACUAAUAGAAGACCUACUCUCAAAACGGACGCAGGGAACGUCCCGGUCACGUUUCAGUUUGAACCAAAGCAAAGUAUGCUGACAAUAACUGAUUUGGACUUGGACAUACAUACAGACUGGGAAAUAAUAAUAUAACAGCAGCAUAUCACUCUGUAAUAAUAAUGCAGGGAUUUCUGAGAUUACAUCCUGUGUAGUGAAGGUUGAUUUUAAUUGUUCCUUUUAUAGGAAUAACUACUACACUGUUGUACACCAAAAAGCAUCAUUGUGCAUUACGGUUGCUGUGAUGGGAAUUGUUAGUCUGAAGCAGGCAGUAAUAGUAAGAGCAGCAAUGACAUUUCUAAAUAGAAAUGAUUAAUAAUUGGAGAAAAGAUUUAGAAAGUUCAAAUAAGGUAGUGUAUUUCUUUCAUUUUUUUGUGUCCAUCACAGUUUGUUAAAGUUUACCCAAAAACUGUACUGUCAUAUGUGCUGUGACAAGAUGGAAAAAUGUUUUAUUGCUUUUUAAAUUUUUUUUAGUCAUUGUAAUGUACAAAGGUGCAUGAUGUCCUCUGAUCACAUGUGAACAUGGUUUUCGAUGUGUUUUUCUACAUUACAAUGUGAUUAGCAUUACAUCAAACAUUAAUGUUAGAGUUUCUGUUGACGUUCCUGGAUUUGGGGCAUUUUUAAUUUUUUUGCCUUCUGAAUAUUUUCUUAAGAUUAAUCCAGAUUGUCCUGCCAAAACAGUACAAAUGUUAUGUUUUAAAUGUAUAACUCUCAUGCGCCCUGCUGGCGCGGUGCGUCUUUUAGCAACCUGCCUGUCCUUGUUUCCAUUCCGUUCCUGAUCAUGUACUUGUGUUUACAUUCUCUGUUGUUCCUUUAUUGUCUGUGUGUCCAUUUGUGCAUGGCUGGUCAUUCCUUCUAGUUUCUCAAGUUUGGUUUAUUUGUCACAUACAUAGUCAUACACAGUAUAACUCGCAGUGAAAUGGUUGUUUUCAGCACGCACACAGUUUCCUUGUUUCUUACCUUCUUUUCUAGUUCUUCGGUGUAUGCUUCUGAUCUCCCUUCCAUCUGGUUCUCGUUUUUGUUACCUGUCCUCAUCCUCCCAUAUUUAACUCAAAUUUCUGGUUUCAUGAUCUCCUGUGUAAAGCAUAUCUGUCUGUCUGUAUUCCUCAUUAUUCCUUUGUUUGGUAGUGGCUUAUGUUUCCCUAUUUCUUGUUAUCCUGUAUAAUAAUAAUAAUAAUAAUAAUAAUAAUAAUAAUAUUAUUAUUAUUAUUAUUAUUAUUAUUAUUGUCUGUUUAGCCAUUUUUAUGCUCCUUGUAGGUAUUCUGUGGUCCACUUAUGGUUUUGCUUACAUUUGUUUCUUUGAUUUCAAAUUGUAAGUUCUUAAGGUUGCAGGAUAAAAUCCAUCUACAGUGGAGAAAGGGUUGCAAUUCAAAUAAUUAAAAUGUUAGACACA